AUGGUUGCUCCCGGCGAGUUAUUAACGUUUGACUACCGAGCAAGCGAUUCCACCAGCAGUAUCGACAAUUCACGAUCGUCGCUCAAGAUUGUGCAGUGGAAUGUUGAACGCAACUAUGAAUCCAAGGCCAUUAUUGAUACGUUGAAAGAACUCGAUGCCGACGUGUAUAUUUUGCAAGAGAUUGAUAUUGGAUGUCGUCGAUCCGGGAGUCGUGACCAUAUGAAAGAGCUAUGCAAGGCAUUGAAGGUCAAAGGUGGAUUUGUAUGCGAGUUCCUGGAAAUCGAUAGCCCGAUACGACAGCCACGAGAUGAGGGUGGUGGCGUGCAUGGCAAUGCCAUUUUGUCCAAGCAUGACAUUGAAUUCAGAGUGCUGCAGCAUCAAUACCAUGGAUAUGAUUGGGAUCAUGAGGGUGAAAAGCUUCGAGAACCAAGGAUAGGGCAGCGAUAUACAUUGGCCGGUACUGUACAUGCAGCAGAGAUGCCACCCAUUCUUUGUUAUUGCGUUCAUUUGGAGGUCUUUACGGGAAUUAUUGGCCGAGUAAGCAGCUUUUCCGAAGUACUGGAAGAUGCCCGACAACAUAGCAAAAGGAUCCCGCAUCAAGUGAUUGGUGGCGAUCUCAACACAAUGGCUCAUACUAUUGCACGAUUAUCAUGGAAGUACGCAAGGGAUCGGUACCGGUUCCUAAGCCUAGGCGAUACCGAGAGUGGAUGGUGGGACAGCCACGUGUUAUCUUUCCACGACCAUGAUGGACCAGUUAAUACACAGCUUAUGGGUGCUGCCUAUUUCCUUCUUCCCCAAAGGCUUGCAAGGUGGUUGAGUGGCUUUAGCGAGGACGUUUUACGCCAAGCACGUAAUCCUGGAUUUUAUGAUCCUUGGUCAGCACAAGAGGUGACACUCGAGAAUCCAGCGUACUUUGGAUUGUUUAAGGCUAAGCUGGAUUGGACACUGCUGCGGUGUUUGAGAACAGUAAAGAGAGCUCGUGGCAAUGACGAUUAUCGUGCCAGUGAUCACAAGUACCUGAUGGUGCAAGUUGUUCCCGAUACCACCGAGGAGAUCAAACAAGAAUAUGCAUUGUGGAAGCAACGUAGGCGGGAAUGGAAUUAUCCUGUUGGGUUGUCAUGGACAAUGAUGGUGACGGCAUCACUACUGGUAGCUGCAACAGCAACAAGCAUCUAUUAUUGGGACCUUCUAGUAUAG